AGAAACGCACCGCAACACAGUGAACUCGCAUUUCUUCACAUCUGUCGUAGGGAAAACGACGCCCAAAUAGUCGUCGUCGUCGAUCUAUAUAACAAUGGCCAAAACCUCGAAGAUCAAGAGAAACCCCAUAGCGAACCCCAGAUCCCGCGCCUCAAAGCGAGCCACCUCCCCUUCAAUCGACGUCGAUAAAUCCAUCAGAGACGCCCCUCGUGCUUCGGAUGCCACUCCGAUUCUCGCCGCCCGCCCAAACAGUGGAGUCACCAAGGCGAAGCGAAAACAAAAGCCUCUUUCUCGUGGGCAACGGCGCAGACAUGAAAAAGGGUUGGCCAGGGCAGAGAAGGUCCAAGAUCAGUUCGAGAGAAAGAUCGAAGACGCAUCACAUCGCCUGAAGAAGAGGCGCGAGAGGAAGGGCAUGUGGGACGAGGUCAACGGGACAAACAAGUUCGAUCGAUUAAAGGCAGCACUUGGUGAUGAGGCGGACCAGAAUGAGGAUGAAUGGGAGGAUAUGGAAGAGGUUAGCAACGACGGUGGCCGUGUCAAGGAUAUUGGAAAUCUGACGACCAUCUCGAAGACGAAGCUGGUCGUGGUUGACCGGACAGCGCCUGCGCCUGCGGCACCACUACCGCCGGCAACGACAACGCUGACGCAGGAAGAGGAGGACGAAGCCGACAAGAUAACAUAACGCUGCAAUUCUUCUCAUUCACGACUUCCAACGACCGCGGUAUCAUCACUUCUUGGGCCGCAGAUGCGUGAGCAUCCUUUCGAUCUCGACCAAUUGCUGGCCGUUGGCCUUGUCUCGGAGUAACUCCAACGAAUUCACAUCCUUGGCCUUCAGGGCCUCCUCACCGGCUUUCACGACCAGGCCACAUUUGACCCACAUCUCAAUCCUCCCCGAGGGUUGAAGGUUGGUACAUUUGGGAAUGAAUGACGAGGCAAGGCGAGUGUUGCCUGCACCGAGGACUUCGUUGUAGAAGGGCUAACCCAAGGGUCAGGUCAGAGGCCAACAAAUCCUCGAAGACAAAAUAGACUCACCUCCCAGCCGAUCGGCGAUUUCUUGCUCUUAGCAAUUUCCUCGACCUCCCCCCAGAGACGGGCGGCAGUUAAUGCCCGAAGCCGAAUCCACCACCAUGUCUUAUCAGGCACCCGAAAGUCGCCCUGGACUUUGGCAGCUCGCUUGCUGUAUCCAGAUUGGACCAGGCGGAACAUUGUCUCAUUGAUGCUCAAUCCCACAUAGCUGCCGCUGCUGUCAGUGAUGUCCUUGUCGAAGGCUUCCUGCAUCUUAAGAAGCUGUCCGGCCUCUGUCAGCGAUUUUGCGUGGAACUGAGCCGUCGCAUCUUUUGCAUCAGUGAGCAAUCUGCCAGCCAGUUUGAGCUUGUCGAUCACUGCCUGAACCUGCGUUUGCUUCAUAGCUUCUUCCAGCAACAAAUUUGAGCCCUCAACGGGUCUGUCAUCCUGAUAGUACAAGUCUUUGAGCAGUUCUCUGUCGGACGCUCUUGCUGAGCUCUCCACCAGUGCUGACGCUACGGGCUUAUCGCUGAUGGUGCGAAGGAAAGUCGCUAGUGGCAGUUUCUUUUUCAAUUCCAGUAGCACGUAGAACACCAAGUCGGUGUCCCCGG